AUGCACAUCGCGAUCGCCCUCCCCGCACUCUCGGGCGCGGCCAAGCUGACCAUCAUUGGCAAUUGUACCGCCACCAGGUGCAUCAUCAGCGGGGGUGGCGCCUUCCCCAUAUUCACCUCCCCCUCGUCUGGCCCCACGGGGGGAGAGUUGACUCUGGUCAACCUCAACUUCCAGCGAGCGGCAGGUGGCGUCUUAUUCAACGUGUGGGCGGCAAUCAACGCGAGUCAAUGCGGAUUCGUCGGAAGCACGGCUCCUAGCGUUGGCGGAGGGGUGCUCAGUGACUCCUUCCCUGAAUCAGCCACCGCUCCCAACCGCUUCUUCUCGUACUGCACCUUCUACAACAACACGGCACCCACUGGGGGGGGAGGUGCAAUCAGCAUCAACGUGGGGAACCCCGAGGGCAGCAUCAACGUGGGGAACCCUGAGAGCAGCGGGCCUAAUGUGACGUUCGUGUACUGCAUCUUUCAAAACAACACGGCAACUCUUGCAAAGGGUGGUGCCGUUAGCAUUAACUUGGGGGAUCCCCAAGGCAGUGCGGCUAAUGUGACGUUUGUGCACUGCCGCUUCCGGAACAACAGCGCGUACCAAGCCAGUGGAGGAGCAAUUACAGUGGCAGGGACUGGCGACAUUCGGUGCACGAAGUGUUCGUUUGAAGGGAAUUUCGCCGGCUUGCAUGGGGGAGGCAUCUACUCAGACGGCGCCUCCCUCACGCUCUCCCAACCCACCUUCAAGAGAAACCGGGCCGUCGGCCCUUUCAAUGCCCGCUGCGGCCUUGGCGGCGCUGUGUUCGCCAUCCCUGGGCGCCGCAUUCAGGUGUCUCUCCGCUUCUGCAAGGCCUUCUUUCUGCUCAACAGAGGCUGCAUUCGGAAAGUAGCCGACCUGGCCCUAGCAGUGCCUUCGCGCGACUCGGAAUUUUCGGGGACGUUGAUGUUCUGUGGCGGGGUGAAGACCCUUGGAUCCAUCUUUCUCCCUCCGCACAGCACCUGCGCAUGA